AUGAUAUUCCUCACUGAACAAAUUCCAUCAUUUUGUUCAUCGCUACAGGAUAUUUGCGACGAAUGCUACUGUUACUGUUUUGAUAUUGAAGAAGAUUCUGGUAGUAUUUACUAUAUACCAACCGGAGGUCGUACUACUUCGCAACUUGACAGCUUAACAAA